AUGUUCCUUUGUGUGGUCUGUGGUCAAGACACAAGAAGAUGCUGGUACAAUUGUAACCUUUAUCCAUUAGCCUGGAUUUGGAGAGCUCUCGUUUUGCACGGUUCACAAACAGACUCGCAGUGAUUGUUCUCACUAGAAAAUACGCAGUGACGUUUUCGUCGGCAUUAUACUAUAAUUGUGACGUGGUUCUUUGCCUCCCAGACCCUGAACAGACCGUUUUCACACCUGGCGUUAACACAUGUCCCGUGUGAUGUGAUGGGAAGUGUACAGUGCUGAGUGCAGGUCACCGAACACAGUCCAGUGGCAUGAGCCAAUCACUCAAAGCACAUACAAGAUGAGGUCUGGAACACAUGAUCACUUAAUGUGUAGAGUGAAGCGAUACUCAGAGAUUAACAAGGACCAUGUAAUCCACAGAGUUCUUGUCCAAACUGGAAAAUACAGUGUUUGGAAAUGAACUCUUCACCACUGGGCUGACGGGUUAAGGGUUUUUUCCAUUAUCACGUCUUAUAUUCAUUUCUAAGUUUUGUUAAUGUCACUGAAAUGGCCUGAAAGGUACAUAAGAGCAAAUUCAGAGGCUAUUUCUGCCCGAGACCAGUCGCAGCAGAAGACUAAGGGAACAAGAGUGGAAACAAUACACAAAAUUCGAUAACGUGCACGUUUACAACAGCAGGUUUAAACGGCUUCAUGAGGAACGUUAAUGCCACAUGUGAACAGGGCCUUUGUGUAAAAAAUUUCAUUUCUUUAAAACAUAAAGCAGAGAAAUGGUUUGAAAAGUGGUCAGAGUUUUACCGUGAUGUUCUCCAGACUCAAGCUGAAGGCAGCGUAUGACGUUUGGCAGCUAUUUUUAGCACACGUGAUCACAGGAACAUCUGAGACAUACUGAAAUCCUCAUAAUCUUGAUUUGAUUUUGUUUGUUUGGAGGGCUUUUGCCUUUUACUGGAAAGCGAAAGUGAUGUGUGUGUGUGUCCAGGUUUAGCUCUUGCGUUAUGAGCUGAUUAACAUGCUGCUCUCUGUAAAGGACACCACACUCACCUGCACCAGCUCAUGUCAAAGGUCAUGCAGUUGUUCCACCAUCUCAAUGUGUUUACUAAGCAGGACACUUACUACAGAGAUCUCAUUUCACAUAUCCAAAUAGGAGAAGGUCAUGACUGGGUGAUCUGACCAUCAUGAUCACUUCGGUCACAUUCUGGGUCUGGUUCAGGAUACUUUUUACUGUGUUUUCCAUCUAGCACCAUUUUUGCCUGACUUUUUGCGUUUCAACAAUCACAAUCCAAAAUACAGAUGAGUCGGAUUUUGUCUCUCUGAAGAUAGUUCUGUUUAAUGUUCAUGACGAGCUCUAACUCAUCUUACACACGUUAAGCAACGUUAAUCUUACAAAUGUUAAGCUAAUCAGAAGGAAGUGCUACAGUCUUCGUGCAUCCCCGAGUAUGAGUUCAGAAUGAAGCGCCGUUUGGAUGAUCAGGACGCCGGAUUUGCGGCGCAGCAGCGCAGGCUCCCAGGAGGCAACGAGAUCUUCCAGCCCAGGGUUCUGGCGCCAGCGCCAGUGGUGUACGAAGCUGUGACCGACAAUGUGCAGCCCACCUCUGCCAUCCAGUACCCUGUACCCCAAAGCUAUCAGGUUCCUGCUGCAGCUCAGAGCUCUGGAGGUCAUGGACACACUCCAACCCCUGCUGCUCACAGCAGCUCCCAUCAUCACAGCUCUGCUGUACAGCCACACGGCCCUGCCCUGGUCCCGAGUCACAGCCACCCACCCAAUCCCACUGCCUCUGCACCUAGCCAGCAGCAGUUCCAGAGACUCAAGGUGGAAGAUGCCCUGUCCUACCUGGACCAAGUCAAGCUGCAGUUUGGAAGCCAACCACAGGUUUACAACGACUUUCUGGACAUCAUGAAAGAGUUUAAGUCUCAGAGUAUCGACACUCCCGGUGUGAUCAGUCGAGUGUCCCAGCUUUUUAAAGGUCACCCUGACCUCAUUAUGGGCUUCAACACCUUUCUGCCGCCCGGAUACAAAAUCGAGGUGAAGACCAACGACCUGGUGAAUGUCACAACGCCGGGGCAGAUCCACCACAUCACGCCACACGGGAUCUCGGUGCAGAACAUCCCGCCGACGGCUCCAGCACCGCACCAGAGCCACCUGAGUGCACAAGCCUCCAGUACAGGCACCGCUCCCUCCACACAGCCUUCACAGAAAAACAAGCCAUUGCAGUCUCCCGCACUCACGCCCAGCAGUCAGCCCAAUCCGUCCAUCCCACCAUACGCCUCGCCCCGUUCCCCACCACUACAUCCUCACACACCCAUCAGCAGCACCCCCAAUGCCCCUCCGUUGCAGAACAACCAGCCUGUGGAGUUCAACCACGCCAUUAACUACGUUAACAAGAUUAAGAACCGCUUCCAAGGCCAGCCAGACAUCUACAAAGCUUUUCUAGAGAUCCUGCACACAUACCAGAAGGAGCAACGAAAUGCUAAAGAGGCAGGGGGAAACUACACCCCAGCCCUGACCGAGCAGGAGGUUUAUGCUCAGGUGGCACGGCUCUUCAAAAACCAGGAAGAUUUGCUCUCAGAGUUUGGCCAGUUUUUGCCGGAUGCCAGCAGCUCUGUGCUGUUGGGUAAAACUACAGCGGAGAAAGCCGAAUCUGUGCAGAACGAUCACGGGAGUACGGUAAAGAAACCACAGCUGAACAACAAGCAGAGGCCAAACCAGAACGGCUGCCAGAUUCGCAGACACUCUGGUUCGGCUGCAACUACACCGCCGGUGAAGAAAAAGCCUAAGUUGCUGAAUCAGAAGGAGUCCUCUGCAGUAGAGGCCAGCAAACACGGAGUCGGCACAGAGUCUCUGUUCUUCGAGAAGGUUCGGAAAGCCUUACGGAGUUCUGAGGCUUAUGAUAACUUUCUGCGGUGCCUGGUCAUCUUUAACCAAGAAGUGAUUUCACGCGCUGAGCUUGUGCAGCUGGUGCUACCUUUCCUAGGGAAGUUCCCAGAGCUGUUUACCUGGUUCAAGAACUUCCUGGGUUACAAGGAGAUGUCCCACAUAGAGAGCUACCCCAAAGAGCGGGCAACAGAGGGCAUCGCCAUGGAGAUAGACUACUCCUCUUGCAAGAGGCUGGGGUUCAGUUAUAGAGCGCUGCCUAAGAGCUACCUGCAACCCAAAUGCACAGGAAGAUCCCCACUGUGUAAAGAGGUGCUAAAUGACACGUGGGUUUCAUUUCCUUCCUGGUCAGAGGACUCGACCUUCGUCAGCUCUAAGAAGACCCAGUAUGAGGAACACAUCUACAGGUGUGAGGACGAGCGCUUUGAGUUGGACGUGGUUUUGGAGACGAACCUCGCCACUAUCCGGGUGCUGGAGUCCGUGCAGAAGAAGCUCUCACGCAUGUCUGCAGAAGAACAGGCCAAGUUCCGACUGGACAACACGCUCGGCGGCACUUCUGAGGUCAUCCACCGCAAGGCCAUACACAGGAUAUACGGAGACAAAUCUCUAGACAUCAUCGACGGACUGAAGAAGAACCCUGCUGUCUCCGUCCCCAUCGUACUUAAGAGGUUAAAGCUGAAGGAGGACGAAUGGAGAGAAGCGCAACGGGGCUUCAAUAAAAUAUGGCGUCAGCAGAACGAGAAAUAUUAUCUCAAGUCCUUAGACCACCAGGGCAUCAACUUCAAGCAGAACGACACCAAGGUGCUCCGCUCCAAGACGCUCCUCAACGAGAUCGAGAGCAUUUAUGACGAGCACCAGGAACAAGUCUCUGAGGAAAAUGGCACGCCGGCAAGCGGCCCUCACCUCACCUUCACAUACGAGGACCGGCAGAUCUUGGAGGAUGCCGCGGCCCUCAUUAUCCAUCAUGUCAAGCGACAGACCAGCAUCCAGAAAGAGGACAAGUACAAGAUCAAACAAAUAAUCCUCCACUUCAUCCCUGACAUGCUGUUCUCUCAGCGAGGUGCUCUGUCAGACGCUGAGGAGGAAGAGGAGGACGAGGAAGACGCCGAGCUCGACGAAGGAGGCUCCAAGAAGCACAACGGUGUGACCGGGAGUCCCAGCAAGUCCAAACUGUUAUUCACAAACACGCCAGCACAGAAGCUGCGCUCGUGUGACGACGCCUACAACCUCUUCUUCGUCAACAACAACUGGUACAUCUUCCUGCGGCUUCACCAGACGCUGUGCACCCGUCUCCUGCGUCUGUACACCCAGGCCGAGCGGCAGAUCGAGGAGGAGCUGAAGGAGCGCGACUGGGAGAGGGAGGUGCUUGGUCUCAAACGGGACAAAAACGACAACCCCGCCAUCCAGCUCCGGCUCAAGGAGCCUAUGGACAUAGAUGUUGAAGACUAUUACUCCGCCUUCCUGGAGAUGGUGCGCAAUUUACUGGACGGUAACAUGGAGGCAUCUCAGUACGAGGACUCUCUCAGAGAAAUGUUCACCAUUCACGCCUACAUCGCCUUCACUAUGGACAAACUCAUCCAGAGCAUCGUCAGGCAGCUGCAGCACAUAGUGAGUGAUGAGAUCUGCGUGCAGGUCACAGAUCUGUAUCUGUCUGAGAGCAGCAGCACCGCUACGGGCGGCUCGCUCUCCACACAGACCACCAGGGCCACCUCGGAGUCGGCCUACCAGCGCAAAGCCGAGCAGCUCAUGGCCGACGAGAACUGCUUUAAGCUGUUCUUCCUCAAGGGCCGUGAAAACGUGCAGCUCACAAUCGAGCUGUUGGACACGGAAGAGGAGAACUCCGAUGAGCAGGGGGAUUCAGAGCGCUGGUCAGAUUACGUGGGCCGGUAUCUCAAUGCCGACGUGACGUCUCCAGAGCUAAGAGAGCACCUGGCACAAAAGCCUGUUUUUCUUCCAAGAAAUCUGCGGCGGAUCCGGAAAUGUCAGCGUGGACACGAGCAACAGGAGAAGGACACAAAAGAUAGCGGAAAGAAAGAGAACGCCGAGAACAUGAAGAUGGAGUGCAUGUUCAAGCUCAACUCCUACAAGAUGGUGUACGUGUUUAAAUCCGAGGACUACAUGUACAGACGCACCGCCCUGCUGCGAGCCCAUCAGUCACACGAGCAUGUGAGCACAAGGCUGCACCAGCGUUUCCAAGCCUGGCUAGACGGAUGGCUGAAGGAGCACGUGAGCCGGGACAUGGCCGCCGACACCACCAAGUGGCUGAUGGGAGAAGGGCAUGAAGGGCUCAUCUCCUGCACUACGACCUGCGACCCCGAGACACUCCACUACAGGAACAUCAACAAGUACAGAGUGAAAUACAGCAGCAGCUACAAAACACCGUGAAGUCGUGGAAGCGGGUCAGAUGCUUAUCGGGGGAGGUUUAGUGCACAGGGAAGGAAAUGGACUUGGCAACAACUUUCUAAGGCCGACGUGACGGCACAUAAAAGCUCUCGUGUCAGACAGCAGUGGCGGCUGGCGGACGUCUCCAUUUAUUUUAACAGCGUGUUCAGCUGUACCCGUGCCCACAUUUCUAAAGGAAAGGAAACACCACUGCAUGAAGUUUUAGUGUAGAUCUAGUAUAGAACAGGAGCCAUCCUCGUGUUCCCAGGACCUGCAGAGCAGCUGUUAGAGUCUAGAAAUGAGAAAUCUGACUGCUUAGCUGAACUCCUUUUAAUGUAUUAGUGUAAGCAAGGGAUGCGUAACAGAAGAGUACAGCGCCAUGUUCAGGGUCCCUUUUCCGUCUCUAAACCCCUACCGUUGCACUCGGACACGGAAAAACUCCAGACUCAAAUUUAGCUCAGAUAAGUGCACUUAACUUUGAAUAGACAGAGAAAUGAUACUCAUUCAAUUCUCCAGCCAAAGUUUAGCAAUUCCAUAAGCUCCGUGGUUAAAAUAAGCUCAGAUCAUUUCCCAUUAUAAUGAACAAUAUCUAAUAAUGAAGAACUUUUCUUUUUUUUUAAGUUCAAAGUAAAAAAAAAAUUGAAGCUAAAAAAAUCGAAGACAGCAAUAAGGAUCUGAGACGUGGCAUGAGGUUUAGGGAAGAAAGUGUUGAAUGAAUGACUGAGGCUUGCAAAGGUUCGGGAUACAUCAUUUAUAUCAGAAUGAGACGUGAGCACAGUUUUUGUUGGCCGCCUCGGCUGUAAACCUUACGAAGUUGCUGGCAAAGCCAAAUGCCAAUACACCAGCUAGAGCACACACGCGCGCGCAAAUGAAAAUUCACAAUGUAUGCUCCACAGACACAACAGUUCCCUGUAAAUAACAUGUAUAUAUUGCUAGACGUUUCUUUUUUUUUUUUCUUUUUUUUUUUUUUAUGACAGACCUGUGUUUUUGUGAGACUUUACAGGCAUACUGUGGACUUUAGGAAUCGCGACAGCUAAAAAGACAACAUGCAAGACAAGUUUAUUACUGUUUUUACCAAAGGGAGUUUAUUAUAAUGAUAGUUGUUUUCUUUUCCUCUCUCUCUCUCUCUCUCUCUCUCUCUCUCUCUCUCUCUCUCUCUCUCUCUCUCUCACCCCAUUUUGUGUUUGAUCCCCUUUCCCUUCUUUUUUUUGUCUUUUUUAAUAGUAAAGAAUUGUUAAUUUUGUAAACGUAGAAAUGUAUCCAGGUUCUUGUUUUUGAAAUGUUUUUAUAAGAAAAAGCAAAAAAAAAAAAAAAAACAUUUUAAUUUUUUUUGGAAGUUGAAAUUUGGGCUCAUCCUAGCACACGUUUAAUCACUGCCUGUUUGGAUACGCAUCUGUUUCUCUAGUCUGAACACUGAGGAAGCCGAGCGGUCGAGCUCACACUGUCCUCGGCUAACCGACGAGCCUCGCGAAUGUAACGCGCCGUGUUCGUCACGCGAGGUUUUCUUCUUCACCCUGGAUAGAUUUCUGCUGGAUAAGAAUAUAAAUAUAUAGAGAGAUAUAUAAAUAUAUACAUUUUAAAAAUGAAAGUCACAAAAGCAUGUCUUUUUCUGUGGAUCAUUAUCAUAGCCCCUUUAUUUCGAUAUUAUUUAAGGUAAUAAUAAAAGGACAUUUGUAGCA